UGUUUGUUUGUUUCUAGGCAACAUCGUAACAACACUACUAAUAAGGAAGUAGAGUAGGAAGUGUUUAAUAAUCAUUUCCGGGAAAGGUUCAUGGUCAAAUAGAAUCCAACAUGGCUGCUCACAUGUCCAGAUUGCGGGGCUGGAGCCGAGCUCAAAGGUAUGGCAUCGCAGUAUGUAGACAGUACAGCAGUGGCAGCGCGUAUCCCAGUGUGUCCCUGUCCACGCCGCUGCCCGGGAUUCCCAAACCUGUCUUUGCUUCUGUGGACGGCCAUGAGAAAUACGAGACUAAAAUUACCACCUUAGAAAACGGACUCAAAGUUGCGUCUCAGAACAAAUUUGGUCAAUUCUGUACAGUUGGAAUUUUAGUAAACUCAGGCUCGCGUCAUGAAGCAAAAUAUCCCAGUGGAAUCGCACACUUUUUGGAAAAGCUGUCCUUUUCUUCUACAGCCCAGUUUGGAAGUAAAGAUGAAAUUCUCCUAACACUUGAGAAACAUGGAGGCAUAUGUGACUGCCAAACAUCCAGGGACACAACAAUGUAUGCAGUUUCAGCUGAAGUGAAGGGUCUGGAAACUGUAGUGAACCUCCUGUCAGAUGCAGUUCUGCAGCCCCGUUUAUUAGAUGAGGAGAUUGAGAUGACCAGAAUGGCUGUUCGGUUUGAGUUGGAGGAUCUGAACAUGAGACCUGACCCAGAGCCUUUACUAACAGAAAUGAUUCAUGCUGCAGCAUACAGGGGCAACACCGUGGGCCUGCCUCGCUUCUGCCCUGCCAACAAUGUUGAGAAGAUCGACAGGAGGCUGCUUCAUAAGUACCUACAGAGCUAUUACUGCCCGGAGCGCAUGGUGCUGGCCGGAGUUGGGAUUGAACAUGAGCAGCUUGUUCAGUGUGCCAGGAAGUAUCUCCUAAAUGUUAAACCUGUAUGGGGCGUGAGCACACCUGCCAACGUCGACCUGUCUGUAGCACAAUACACAGGCGGCAUUGUUAAGAUGGAGAAGGACAUGUCUGAUGUGAGUUUGGGUCCGACGCCCAUUCCUGAACUAACGCACAUCAUGAUUGGGCUGGAGAGCUGUUCCUUUUUGGAGGAUGACUUCAUCCCCUUUGCGGUCCUCAAUAUGAUGAUGGGAGGCGGAGGGUCUUUCUCUGCUGGAGGGCCAGGAAAAGGCAUGUUCACCCGUCUCUACCUUAAUGUGCUCAACAGGCAUCACUGGAUGUACAAUGCUACUUCGUACCACCACAGCUAUGAAGAUAGUGGUCUGCUGUGCAUCCAUGCAAGUGCAGAUCCUAGACAGGUGCGAGAAAUGGUGGAGAUCAUUACAAGGGAGUUUAUUCAGAUGACUGGGACAGCAGGAGAAAUGGAGCUCGAGAGAGCCAAGACACAACUGAAAUCCAUGCUCAUGAUGAACCUGGAGUCUCGACCCGUCAUCUUUGAAGAUGUAGGUCGACAAGUACUUGCGACAGGCAAGAGGAAGCUGCCUCAUGAGCUGUGUGACCUCAUCAGUAAUGUUACAGCCAGUGAUAUCAAGAGAGUUACAACGAAAAUGCUGCGUAGCAAGCCUGCAGUAGCUGCGCUGGGAGAUCUGACAGAGCUGCCCUCAUAUGAGGACAUUCAGGCCGCUCUCUCUAGUAAAGAUGGACGUCUGCCUCGCAUAUACCGCCUGUUCCGAUAGGGGGCCAACGGCUGACACUAUCUAGAGACAAAUAGGAGAACUGACCCAACAAAUAUUCUUCUUCACUGGAAUUUAAGUGCAAUCCUUAGCAGGACUGUCUUUGCAUUUCAUCUGUAUAGUGUUUAAAAGGUAACUUAGAGAUAGUUACGCAGAAAAUGGAAAUUCUGUCAUUUACUCACCAUCAUGUCAUUCCAAAACUGUAGCCUUUCUUCUGUGGAACAUAAAAGAUAAAUGUCUUAGUUUGCUGUCCAUUGAAUGUUUGGUUCCCAGCGUUUUUCAAAAUAUCUUUUCUGUUACGCAGAAGAAAGAGUGUCAAACAGAUUUUGAAUGACAUAAGUAAACUACAGCAUUUUCAUUUUUGGGUGGAUAAUUCCUUUAAAUUUUAAAUGCUGAUGUGAUGGCCGAGUUCAGAUUCACAUAUCCACGUUGUUGUUUUUUGGCAUGAUUUUGUUGAACCCACCAUGUUUAAAGUGAAUUAAUGUGCUCAUUUUUCACAUUUCCAUCUUAUUUGGCUUGACAAGUGGAGUUUCCCCAUGUCAUUCAAGUCUGCGUUGCUGUUCAUAGGCUGUGCUCUUCUGUGUAAAACUGGGCAAACCAGAAAGAUAUUUCUCAUGUGACAUAGCAUUUUCCCACAAAGCUCUAUAAAACACUUUUAGUUAAAGUGUUAGAUAUUAAAAUAUCCAAUCAAAAUGCAGUGAAAACAGAACCAUCAACCAAUGAUUUUAAGUGUAUAUAAUCCCUACUUCUGUUGCUAAAUCACUGUUCACAAUUCCUCCCCAGAAUUACUGUCAGUAUCCCUUUAUGUUGGUUUACCCUAAAAUAACAUAUUUAUUCCCUUGCACUUCCAUUUACGGUUAGAUUUUUACAUUAAGAUGAUGGGAAUAGGUAAAUCUGUUGUCCCUUGGAAAAAAUAAAAGUUUGAUCUUUUCUAUUUUUUCCCACCCUAA